AAUUGCGGCCAAAAGCAUUUGCCAAAACAACGUAAUCAACAUGUCAUCCUAUCGCAGUUAUACACCCUGGAAAUCGAACUUGGGCAGCUCCUACAAGCCGGCCAGCUCAACAUAUACACUGGGCUCCGAUAUUGGCAGCGGCUCCAGCUCUCGCUAUAGUUCACUGGCCACGCCCAGCUCCUACAGGCCUUCGUUCUCCGGUGGCACAUACCGCAUCAAGCGCGAUCCUCCCGCACCAGCACCCGCCGUUACCAGCUACGUGAGUCGCUACGGCUGCGCAGCCAAGACAGAUGCCACUAAGGACGCCAACGCCAGUUCCAGUGACCGGAGCAGCCCCAUCAAGCGUUACACGAGCGCCAGCAGCAAACUGAGCAAGUAUGGAAGAUCGCGGGAUCCCAGUCCGGUGGCGUUGGAGCACACGAAUCGCGGAAAGUCCAAGUCGCGAGAUCCAAGUCCAGUGUUGGACAGCGCGAGGAGCAAGCUGGGCAGCGCUGCGUAUCGCAGCAGUGCCUCCUCAAGGAACGGCUACAACAGUCGCUAUGCGCCAGCUGCACGACUCAAUGGCGCCAGCACCACGUUGGACAAGUCCAUAUCCUAUCUGACCACCAGCGAUUUUCAUGCGAGGACCGCAAGUCGCGCCAAGGCCAGCAGGGAGAAGGAGCUGGAGGUCACAGAGCAGCCGGCGGAGUUGAACGCGAAGUCGGCCAAAGAGCCAUCGACGGAGGAGGAGCUAAGCACCAAAGAGCAGAAGGAGCAGCAGCAGCAGCAGCCGGAGGAGGAGCCGCCGCCGCCAUUGGAAACCUUUGUCUCCGUGCUGGUGGUCACACGCGCCACUUCACCCACCCCGCCGGGCAGCACGACCGUGCAGCGUACACGGCGCAUUGACAUAGCCAAAACGAUUGAGAAGACCAUACAGCGCUCGACGAAGCCGCGCCAGAUGCUGGAGAAGGAGAUUCAGUCGGAUCGGCUGGACGACUCCACGCGCUACCUGCGCUACAGCGCCGGCAGCAGCAGUAUCAGCUCCAACUACAGCACGCACAGGGAUCGCAUCAGCAGCCUGCGCUACAGCGCCAGCCCACAGGCGAGCAGCUCACCCAAAUCCGGCACACCGAGCGUGGAAGCGUGCAAGCCGCAGCCCACGGAGUCGGCGUCGCCCAAGAGCAAUGCUAGCGUGAGCCUGGCCAGCUCCAAGUCCAGCAGCAAGUCCAAGCUGUCGCCGCCCAAGGCGUUGCGCCUGAAUUCGCGCCAAUCCUCGGUGGAGAAUCUAGUCAACAAGCCGCCGGCUGCGCCCAGCAAGGCGGAGUCACCCACCAAAAACGGCAGCAGCAGCGGCCAGAGUAGCUCGAGCAGCGCCCUGGCGAAGUGGCCGUGGCCCAACAAGGACUUCCGCAAGAGCUCACUCAACGUGGGCCCCACGGAUCGGCCACGCAAAUCGCGCACGCCCAGCAGCGGCGGCGAGUCCGAGGAGCCGGCAGCUGAAGGCGGCACGCAGCUGGAACGCUCGCCCAGCGUCGGCUCCGAGGGCAGCCCAAUCUCCGCGAGCAGUGCACGCAAGGCGUCAGCCAAGCAGGCAAAUGGCAAGCCAGCAACCGGCUCGAAGAUGAAGGCGCACAAAUCAUGCGCGCCCAGCAGCGGGAGUGGUAGUGGCAGCACCAGCGGGAGCACGAGUGGAAGCAGUGCCAGCUGCACGACGACCUCCGCGUGCUCCUCCUCGGACAGCGAGGCGGUGCGCGGCAAGACGACGGCCAAAAAGCAGAGCAAGAAAAAGACGCCGUCAAUUGGCAGCCAGCAAAAGGAGAAAGAGAAGGAGAGGGAGCGCGAGCGGGAGAGGGAGGGACAGCCAGAGAAAGAGGCAAAGCAGCAAACAGGUGAGGGCAGCGAUUCGGCUGCCAAGCAAUUAACAAUGGGACACCAAAAUAGCCACAAAUCCGCCACUGACUCACGCUCCGGCGAGGCGGUCGGCGGGACGCAGUCGCGUCUGCAGAAGCUCUCGGGCGUAUCGAAUUUUUUUGCCACUCGUCAGCCGGACGCAAAUAGUGAGCCGAUCUUCCUCGAAAGCUCCGAGAGCGCUGGCAGCGAGUCGGAGCAGCCGGCCGCGUUGGUCAGUCUGAUGCUAGACAUGCAAACGAACGAACCAACGACAAGCCUAGGAGCAAAUCCUUCACUGACGACAACGACUACGAACCAAACGACGCCCAGUUCCACCACGCACUGUCCCGGAGAGACGACGACGACGAGGACAAAGCUGACGCCCAGUACGGAGAGUCUGGAAAGCGAAGCGCAGCCUUCACUCGAGGAGCACACGGAGGAGCCCAGCUGGUGGCAGGACACCAGCCUGCAAAUCAAUACGGACUCCGCCUUGGACUAUAAUAAUCGCAGCGAGAUGCCCUUCAGGCUGCGACACAUCGAUUCCGGCGAUGAUCAGGCCUGGUGGCUGCGACCGGAUGACGCCGCCGGUGAUGAGGAUGAUACGCUGGCGGAGGCAACGCUCAAUCCGCUGGACGAUGAGCAGGACGCCAGUGCGGCCAGCGUAUCGCAGGGCGAGCGAGGAGGAGGACAUAGUCAGACGGGCUGGUGGAGCAGCAGCAAGGACGAAAACCAGAUUCAAAACGAAAGCAAAACGAGCAACGGCUUCGGGCCAGAAACGGAACAGGAUCAGGAACAGGAGGAGCAGCAGCAGCACAGCCAGGAGAUCAGGCGCAUGCCGCGCAGUCGCAUCUCUCCGGAGCACGAUGCCUGGUGGCUGGAAGAUGAGCAGCCGCAGGACACCAAAUCGAAUGGCUACCACGAGGAUUGCAACAACAACAACAAUAGCGAGCCGCACGUGGAGGUGACCCUCAAGCUGCCCAGCAGCGGGCGCAGCUCCAAGCAGUCCACCCAAUCCACGGAGAGCGUGCAGUCCUGGUGGCAAGCGGCGCCCACCAAGAAGCUGUUCAAUGUGCAGCGCGUGGAGUCCGGCGAGCGUGCCUGGUGGCAGGAGAAGGAGAACGAGCCGCCGCCAGUGAAGCAGCCAACGCCGCCGACGCCGCCGCCGCCGCGCAUCAUCAAGCACUGGGAGUCGGGCGAGCGCGCCUGGUGGCUGCAGGAGGAGGAGGAGCAGGUGCAGCCGGAGACAGCGCCACCAGUCGCCGACCAAGUGGAUGCCCAGGUGGAGCGGCGAAUUUGUGCGCAGGAGGCGCCCAGCGAGCUGAGCAGCUCCUUCAACUUCGCCUACUCAGUGCGUCCGCCUCCAUUGGGACAAUGCGCCAGUCCGGUGCCAGCGGAGCCCAGCGAGCAGCGAAAGCUCUGUGCAUCGCCCUACGAUAACAUUCCAAUGUCAAAAGUUCAAAUGGCAGCGCCGCAGUCGCAGUUGCAGUCACCGACGCCGCCAACGCCGCCUCCCCGUUACUCUUAUACGCCGCCAGCGGGCCGUGUGGGCGAUAAGCUUUUUAUUUCGCGUCAUCAAAACAUUGACGAUCUUUUGGGUGGCGCAUGCCGCCCGCUCAGUCCGCUCUUUUACAGCGGUGCCGCGGAGAGCGAGGCGACGUCACUGCCUCUGGCGAGCAAGAAUAUGUUUCUGCUCGAGGAGAUUACGCCGGAUCAGGUGCGCAUUCACGAUAGCACCGCUCAGUUGCCGGUCAUACAGCGCAUGCAGCGCGAUGUGGAAUGGCUAGAGAAUGGCAACAGCAGCAACUUUUAUGAGCAACAGAAGCAGCAGCCGCAGCAGCGCAGGAUCGAUGACGCAGCUAUUCAGGUGUACAAGGAUGGCGACUUUGGCGCCUAUCUGGAUCUGGAGUCAUCGCUGGCCGAACAGACAGAGGAAAUCGAGGGCCUUCAAGCCAGUCGCAAAAACUCUCUGGUCGUUCGCACACAGCUGAGCGUACGCGUUCAUGCCAUAAUAGAGAAACUACUCUCAUCGGAGGGCAGCGAUCUGCGCCGCGCGCUCUUCUCCCUCAAGCAGGUGUUCCAGGAGGAUAAGGAUCUGGUGCACGCUUUCGUCGCACUGGGCGGUCUCAAUUGCCUUGUGCGCGUGGGCAAUUGCGCCGACCAGAACUAUCAGAACUAUAUACUGCGUGCUCUCGGCCAGGUCAUGCUCUAUGUGGAUGGCAUGAAUGGCGUCAUGAAGCACCAGCCCACCAUGGAGUGGCUGUACUCAUUGAUCGCCUCCAAUUACCGAUCGGUGGUCAAGACGGCGCUCAAGCUGCUGCUCGUUUUUGUGGAAUAUGCCGAGUCCAAUUGUUAUGUGCUGGUGAGCGCCAUUCAUGCGGUCGACGCAGCCCAAGGCACACUGCCCUGGGCCAAUAUUAUGAGACUGCUUAAGGACUACGACAAUGCAGAUGCGGAGCUGGUGAUCUAUGCCACAUCGCUGAUCAAUAAAACGCUGGCGGGUCUUACGGAUCAGGAUAGCUUCUAUGAUGAAAGCGAUCUGCUGGAGCAGCAGGGCAUGGAAACGGUUAUACAGCGCUACAUGUCCAAGCCGGGCACAGAUCUCGAUCUGCUUGAUCAGCUGCAGCUGUACGAGGCCGUCUUGAAAUUCGAGGAUGGCGAAUCGGAUGGCCAGCGCUUGCCGCAGAACUCAUUGCGCAAGACGCAACGCUGUCGGCCCGGCUCGGGCACCACAGAGCGCCGCAAGUCGCGACGCCACAGCACGGACAACAGUCCGGCGCCCUUGACCAAGGUGCUGCCCACCACGGUGCUGCGCAUGACGCCCACGCAGGCCACGCUCGAUGAGGAUGACAGCUCCGGCUCCACCAACUCCACAGAGUUCGGCAGCGGCAUAUUCCAGGAUAAGAAGCCACGGGAUAGCGCAGGCGUCACGCCUGGACUGAGACGCCGCCGUGAGCGCGCCGAGCGGCACAAGAGCUUCCUCAAGGAGCAGGAGGAGGCGGCUGCCAAUGGCAUCUUUGCUGCACGUGAGCUGCGCGAAAGCUAUGGCCAAAUCGUAACCGCCAUUCCUGCAACCAUACAAAGCGACGACAGCCCGCCGCAGUCAUUGCAAUCUGAGCUGCCGCAGCCGCAGCCACAGCUACAGCCACAGCCUCUGCCUGCGCCCACGCCCUACAACAUCAUCAGCAACAAUAUCCAGAACAACAAUAGCAACAACAAUGGCCAUCACACCCACAACAACCUCAUUGACACGCCCAACAACAGCCUGCUGCUGAGCCCCACCAAGCAGCUGUUGACUGGCAGCCAGAGCAUCUCGAUCAUCAACAACAGCUUCGACAAGGCCAACAACAAUAUGAACAAUCAGAAUGAGUUCCUUACCAAAAAGAAUCUCUUUCGGGAGCGCAACGCAACUGUGAUCAAUGGCAUCAUGAAGAACAUACAGCAGACGGACAGUGCCUACAAAAAGUAUGAGAACGAUGCCAAUCGCCUGAACAACUACUACACACAGCUCAGUCAAUCGCCCAAGCAUCAGCUGGCCACAACACAGGAUGUGCUCAGUCCCAAAAAGACGCUGAAUGCCUUUGAAUUUGCGCCCGCCAGCUCGACGCCGCUGAAGGCAGAUGCACUGCCCGCACCCGAACCGCUGAGUCCCAUACACAAGCCUGCGGUUGUGGCGCCACCGCCACCACCACCACCACCGCCGCCGCCACCACCAGGCUGGUGGCAUUUUCCCAUACAGCCAAAUGCAGCUAGAACCCUAACCAGUACUAACCCAGAGCCACAGCCUCAAGCAGCUAUGGAGGCAACAGAUCUGGAGGACAAGGAAAUGCUAAUGCAGCUGAAACGCGAUCAUACAGUCAAAGAUCUGACACAGAAACUAUGCAAUCUGCCCACAAGUCCCACACAGGAGGUGCCAGGCAGUCGGGCCAUAGUCGGUGACAUGUCUGGCCUCAUAUCGAAAGCCAAAGAGGGGCUUGCCAAGAGCAAGAGCAAAGGUGAAAUUUCACGCUCAUCGAGCGUUGAUCAGGAACUGAAAAAGGCUGAGCCGAAGAAAUCGGAGAACGAGCUGCACUGGGAGGAGCUGGUGCGGAAUAUGACACGACCAUUAAAUCUGUGUGAUCUGGAUUUUACCGAUCUGCAUUCGGACGAUGAGAAGGAUGUGCUGGCGCCGCGUGGUCUCGGCGCUGGCAUACCCCCGCCACCGCCUCCCCAGGCUGGUGGCAUGGUCAUGCCGCCGCCCAUGAUGCCGCCCAGCCUGGCGCCGCCGCCCAUGUUCAGCUACGGGGGCUACGGUGCCGGCAGCCUGACCAACAGCGUGAACAGCUCACUGAACGGCUCCAUCAACGGGGAGCUGGCCAAUGGCAACAACACCAUCAAGAAGAACAAGAAGACGGUCAAGCUCUUCUGGAAGGAAGUGCGCGAGGACAUGAUACCGCAGGUGAUAGGUAAGACCAUUUGGGAUGAGCUGCCCAAUGCGAAUGUGGACACGCAAAAGCUCGAGCAUCUCUUUGAGUCGCGGGCCAAAGACUUGAUGACCAAGAAGCAACAGGAGCUGAACAAGAGCAAAGAGAUCAUCGUGCUGGACCACAAGCGCUCCAAUGCCAUCAACAUUGCGAUCACCAAGCUGCCGCCGCCGCGCGCCAUAAAGGCGGCCAUUCUGAAGAUGGAUGCGACUGUGGUGACUAGGGAGGGCAUUGACAAGCUGCUGAACAUGCUGCCCACGGAUGAGGAGCGCGGCAAGAUACAGGAGGCACAGCUAUCGAAUCCAGAGCUGCCGCUGGGCAGCGCCGAGCAGUUCCUGCUGACCCUGGCCUCCAUCACGGAGCUGGGCGCACGCCUCAAGCUGUGGGCCUUCCGUCUGGACUUUGACAAUUGCGAGAGAGAGAUUGCCGAACCGCUGAUGGAUCUCAAGCAAGGCAUUGAGAUUCUGCGUCAGAAUCGCACCUUUCGCAGCAUACUCUCCACGCUGCUGUCGGUGGGCAUCUUUCUGAAUGGGGCGCCGGUCAAGGGCUUCCAGAUCGAGUAUCUGGCCAAGGUGCCCGAGGUGAAGGACACGGUGCACAAGCACUCGCUGCUGCACCAUCUCUGUCACAUGGUCAUGGAGUCCAGCAGCGAUACAAGCGAUUUGUAUUCGGAAAUUGGACCCAUUACGCGCGCCUCCAAGGCGGACUUCGCCGACCUUGCCCACAAUCUGACCCAACUGGAGUCGGAGUGCAAGGCCUCCUGGGAUCGCCUCAAGCUGAUUGCCAAGCACGACUGUGCGCCGCCACUGAAGCAGAAGCUCGUGGACUUUCUGGCCGAUUGCGCGGAACGCAUCAUCAGUCUGCAGAUUGUGCAUCGGCGCGUGAUGAAUCGCUACCGCAAGUUCCUGCUGUGGCUGGGCAUGCCACAGCACAGUGUGUCCGAGUCGCGACCCAACGAGUUCUGUCGCACUCUCUCCGAGUUCGCGCUCGAGUAUCGCACGACACGGGAGCGCGUCCAGCAGCAGCUGGAGAAGAAGGCCAAUCAUCGAGAGCGCAACAAGACGCGCGGCAAGCUGAUCAUCGACAUGGCCAAGUUCAAGACCAAAGAGGAUGUGGCCGAUGCCGAGCUAAAGCAACUGCUGGGCACGCCCAGCGCGGAUCAGGCCGACGGCACACUCACCUGGCGACGCCGCCGCGCCGAGCAGCUGCGUUCGCCCAUCGCCAGGCAGAGCGAGGAGCAGUUCACCGAUGGCGAUGAUGAAAUACUCGAAUCUCUCGUCAAGACGGCCACCAAGGCCUCCGGCAACCGCACCACGCCCCGGGAGCGUAAGCGUACACGCCAUGCGGAUCGCAAGUCCUUGCGUCGAACGCUGAAGAACGGUCUCACCGAUGAGGAGAAACAGCAUGUGUCUGCCCUAAUACAAACCUAUUAGAGCUAAGAAAAUUCCCCGGGCGAAACCCUAAUCCCAUCCCAGAAACCCGAGCAAACCUCGCCAGUGACGUCACAAGUCCGGGCAAUGCGCGCACAGACUGAAAUUGGCGAUCUCAUGUGCAGCAGCAGAUGCAGCCGAGCAAUAGGUACACGGAACUAGUAGUUCCGGGUUCGGUUCCGGAAACGGAACUCGAACUGGUAUACCGCAACUCCCAUAAAUCUGAAACGACACAGUCCUACAAAAGUUCUCUUAAUUCAUUUCUGUUAUUCAAUAUUUGUUUUUACUUCGUCUAAGUAUUAAAAUUAAACAUAUUUUUUAUUUUGUAACAACU